CACCGACUACCUAGCUCCUCAAGCUUCCCGUGUUUCUUCCAUUGAUUCAUUUACCAGUUCCGCAACGACCACUUGAUCUUGAAGACCACUUAUCCCAGCACAAUCUUGCGUCGCUCAUCCCCUAUCUUGCCUAUCCUUACCUAUCCCUCUCCGCGCCCGUCAAUAUGGCAGGCUUCGACUUCUCCAACUACAAUCGCAACGCGGCUCUGCACGCCAAAGGUGUGCCUCUCCCGAAAGCGACAAGUACUGGUACAACAAUCGUGGGUUGUAUCUUCGACAAUGGUGUUGUGAUCGCUGCAGAUACCAGAGCUACGAGUGGCCCUAUAGUCGCAGACAAGAACUGCGAGAAACUUCACUACAUCGCCCCCAAGAUCUGGUGUGCUGGAGCCGGUACAGCUGCAGACACUGAAUUCACAACCGCCCUGAUCAGCUCCAACGUCGAACUGCACUCUCUGUCGACGGGCCGGCCCCCACGAGUAAUCACCUGCAUGACCAUGUUGAAGCAGCACCUCUUCAGAUACCAGGGACACAUCGGCGCCUAUCUGGUCGUCGCGGGCGUUGACCCGACAGGCGUCGGUCUUUUCACUGUCCACGCUCACGGUUCGACCGACAAGCUCCCCUACGUCACCAUGGGCUCCGGCUCUCUGGCCGCGAUGUCUGUUUUCGAGUCGAUGUGGAAACCGCAGCUGAACCGUGAAGAGGCUAUCGCUUUGUGCUCGGAAGCUAUCAAAGCCGGUAUCUUCAACGACUUGGGCUCCGGUAGCAACGUUGACGUGUGCGUCAUCCAGAAAGAUAAGCCCACGCAGCUACUGCGUAACUACAUGAGGCCCAACGAGCGUGGUGAGAAAGAGCGCAACUACCGCUUCCCUAGGGGCACAACGGCCUACCUGAACGAGAAGAUCAUCAGCAAACAGGACAUGAGACAAUAUGUGACUGUGGAGGAUGUCUCUGGGGAUCCAAACCUCAUGGAGGUAGAUUCGUGAUUGAGCCGACGGUAGAAAGAGCUUAAACAUGAUAUAUCUUUGUUGUCUGUGGUUUUUUGUAACGCAUCAAGAAUUCUAAUUGAAGGAUCAAUUGCAUGUCUUCAAUAUCAUCCUACUGAGGACGACUAAACUCAGCA